GACAAAUUCUUGCGGUCAGGUCGCUUUAGAUCUAACACUAAUUUUAUUCGGUUUGACAUUUCUGUGAUCUUUAGGUAUCGGAUUCGUGUUCUUGUUCGAGUGAUUUCGGAAGGCACCGAACAUGUCUGGGCAGCUGGAUUGCUUUUCCAAGCCUUGCUUUGAGGGGAGCAGGGAUGAAAGAAGAGACAGAAAAUCGGAUUUAGAAUUAUCUGAAGAUGACAAGAAGACUAAAAUAGGGAAUCUUAAAAGGAAAGUAAUAAAGACGUCAAGUAAACUCAGACAUUCUUUCAAGAAGAAAAACAGGAGGAAAAGUGGUAGUCAAAAUUCUUCUCUUUCAAUCAAGGAUAUUCGGGAUGUUGAAGAGCUGCAGGCUGUAGAUGCAUUCCGUCAGGCAUUGAUCCUAGAUCAGUUGCUGCCUGUCAGACAUGAUGAUUAUCAUAUGUUGCUGAGGUUUUUAAAGGCAAGAAAAUUUGAUAUUGAAAAGGCAAAACAGAUGUGGGCCAAUAUGAUCCAAUGGAGAAAAGAUUUUGGUACGGACACAAUUUUGGAGGAUUUUAAGUUCAAUGAGUUGAGCGAAGUUUUAGAGUACUACCCUCAUGGUUAUCAUGGAGUGGAUAAAGAGGGAAGACCUGUUUAUAUUGAAAGACUAGGAAAAGUUGACCCCAACAAGCUUAUGCAAGUGACCAACUUGGAAAGAUUUUUGAGAUACCAUGUGCAGGGGUUUGAAAAGACUUUUGCAAUUAAGUUUCCAGCUUGCUCAAUUUCUGCAAAGAGACACAUUGAUUCCAGCACAACAAUUAUAGAUGUGCAAGGCGUGGGUCUUAAGCACCUAACCAAGGCUGUACGAGAACUCAUCAUGCGGCUGCAGAAGAUUGAUGGUGACUACUAUCCUGAGACUCUUUGCCGAAUGUUUAUUGUCAAUGCUGGUCCUCUUUUCAAGGGGCCAUGGAAUGUCGUCAAAUCUUUUCUUGAUCCCAAAACAGCUAGCAAGAUUCAUGUUCUUGGUCACAAGUACCAAAGCAAAUUACUUGAAAUAAUUGAUGCAAGCGAGUUGCCACAGUUUCUGGGUGGUUGCUGUACUUGUGCUGAUCAGGGAGGUUGUAUGAGAUCUGAUAAGGGGCCUUGGAAUGACCCAAAUAUAUUAAAGAUGGUACUCAGUGGUGAGGCUUUAUAUUCCAGACAAAUAGUGACAGUGUCAAAUGGUGAGUGCAAGAUAAUUUCGUACGAUAAGCCUUGCUAUCCGCUGUCAGACGGUUCAGUUGUACUUAAUACCCUCUCUGGUUUUCUUUUACCAACUCAGAUAAAAGGUGUUGAUGCUUCUACUGCAGAAUCAGGGUCUGACGUUGAAGAAAUGGCAUCUCCUAAGCCAUUGAGAAGUUAUUCGCAUCCAGCACUUGCUUCUGUCAGUGAAGAGGCUAAAAUGGCUGGUAAGUCGAGCUCUGCUGGUGGCUUAACUGAGCAUGAUGAAUAUGUGCCCAUGAUUGACAAGGUUGUGGAUGCUGAAUGGGAUAAAGAUGAGUAUCACCAGAAUCUCUCUAAUUCCAGAGGGACUUCCCUUUUGUCAACUGUGGAAAAUAAUUCUGAAGGAUUCCUGACUAAAAUUUGGGCUGUUGUAAUCACCUUUUUCAUAACCUUUCUUGCUCUAAUCCAAAAACUGGCAUUCCAGUUGACUAAGAAAAGCCAUAUGCCUGAUUUGGCUUGUGCCAUCCCUGAUCCAAAUGCUGAAUCGAUGCACAAGGAAGAGUUUCAUGACUCUUGCCCCAGUUCACCUACUCCAAGGUACACAGCAGCAGAACUUGUACCAUCUGUUUUAAGAAGACUAGAUGAGCUUGAGGAGAAGGUUGAGAUGCUGCGGUCAAAGCCAUUUGAGAUGCCUGGUGAGAAAGAGGAGUUGCUGAAUGCUGCUAUUCAUCGUGUUGAUGCAUUAGAAGCAGAGCUAAUUGCUACCAAAAAGGUUGUUAAACUUUUACUCAAUACUCUAAUUAUUAAUAUAUAUUGCUCUGUUGCCAUUGCCUUUUUUUAAAUUAUGAAGGUUUUUGAAUGGCUAAAACGCAUUUUGGACCUCUUCAUCAGAUGCACCUAACAUGCUGGGUGUAGCGAGUCAAGGCUUGCUUAUUAGAAACUCCAUCCAUUUUGGUUCAUGUUUUCUCCUGUUGCUUAGAUUUCCAUGUCUGCUUUAUGAGCAGGCUUUGCACGAAGCUUUGAUAAGGCAAGAAGAACUGCUUGCAUACAUUGAUCAACAACGAGAAGCAAAGUUGCUGGUAAGUGAGAAUAUAUAACCAGCAACAACACUUCAAAAUUCAAAUUAUAUGCGCUUUCCUCUGUUAUCCAUUGGAUGAAUGACUGGAUCAUUGUUCUUGUGAAGCAGAAGAAGAAUUGUUGCUGGUGAAAGCGAGAUUCAUGUACAGGAGGCACUCUUUCUGGAAUUCUUUUACCACAAUUAAUUUCAUUACUUCCAUAUGGCUCUUUAUGUUGAAAUAAAUACAUACACCAUCAAACUUAGGCCUUGAGUCAUAAAAUGCAAUUUUGCUUUAUCCAAGCUUAAUUUGCAUCUAUCAGAUACUGUAGCAGUUAAGCCUCUUUCCAACAUCUAAAAGUUUCAGCGCAUAAUUUCUAAGAGCCCAUUUGGAUGGCAUUCUCAAAGCUGGAAAAUGAUAUUCAUUUCAAUACAUCAUCUAAAGAAAAUACGAUAUGGACUGAACUGAUUCUCAAUUUAGUGAAAAUAUGCAGCAUUUAAAUGAUCUUUGACAUUAAAUUGAGCAAGAGAAUUCAACACACACAGUGAUGACUUCUUUUUGUAAUAAAGUCCUCUAAGCUAA